UUACGAUAAUCUUUGAAUUCAAACGAGUCAGAUAAUUUUUUUACGUACUUCAUAGUUGAAACAACUAAAUUAUUAAUUUAAGGGUUGAAUAAUUAGACUACGAAUAAUUUUAAUAAAACAUCACAAUAAUGUUUCCGAGAGAGUCUGCAGAAUUUAUUGUAAAACAUGCAAAAAAUGUUUCAUUUAAAGAGGAGGGUAUUCAAAAACUGUCAAAAAUGGUAAUUCAAGAUAUAGUAUCACAUAAACUUACUCCAAGCAACUUUUCCCAACAUGACCUUCACCCAAAACCUAUGGACCCUUGGGCUCUUGAUUGGAUUUUUAUUGUAGACACAUUGAACUUUUGUUUUUGGACACCUGGCAUAGGGAAUUCUACGAAGUAUAGAGUCAAUGGCCACACAGGUUAUUUUGCACUUUGUGCCGCAAUAAACCGAGCAAUGAAAGAGGGUAUUGAUAUAACAAAUCCGAAAUAUUAUUCAAGUAUUGAUGUAACUAGUUUGCAAAAAUUAAUGCGAUCUGAUGAUGGUGUAACAAAAGUUCCUUUAUUGCCAGAGAGAGUAAAUUGCUUGCAACAAGUGGGUCAAGUGUUGCUUGAAAAAUAUAAGGGCACUUUUAAAAAUUGUGUUCUAGAGGCUGAAAAUUCAGCCCAGAAUUUGUUGAAGCUGAUAACUAAUGAUUUUAUUUGUUUCCGAGAUGAAGCCUUGUACAAUGGACAACGUGUAUCUUUCUAUAAACGGGCACAGAUUUUAGUCGGUGAUGUGUGGUCAUGUUUUAGUGGAAAAGAUAUAGGAUAUUUUCAUGAUAUUGACACUAUCACUAUGUUUGCUGAUUAUAGAGUUCCACAAGUAUUAGUACAUUUUGGUGCCAUGGCUUACACAGAGGCCUUGUAUGAAAGACUGGCAAAAGAGGAACUGAUGCCAAAUGGAUCAGACGAUGAAAUUGAAAUUCGAGGUACUUCUAUUUACAUAUGUGAGCAGAUUAAAAACUUUAUUCGAAAACAAAUCAGGGAUAAUCAAAUACAAACAAUAUCGGAAAAUGAUGUGAAUGGAAUACUAAUAGAUCAUUUCUUAUGGGAUUAUCGAAGAAAAAAUGCUGAAAUGCUAAAUUAUAUUCCAUUUCAUAAAGUUCUUUGUAUUUACUAUUAAUAAUAAUUGUUAUAUUAAAACUGUUC